AUGGAAAUCUUCUACCUUGGCGCAACAAAAACUCUAAUAAAAGCAGAUGGACUGAUAUAUGAACUUCAACGGGAUAAUACCGCAACCUUCUAUUUCCUCGAAGGCGACAUCGAUUCAGAUCCCGGCCCUAGUAUCGCCGGUUACUAUGAAGGACCAUACUACAGCUACUACCGAUUUUCACGCACCUUUCCGCUCGAGGACAGUGACGAUUCAGACAUGCUAGAGGCGCAUGAACAUCUCAAUGAAACUAUUGCCUUAGAAGGUCCGUUCGAUAGCGUUCUAGGCUUCUCCCAUAGUGGGACUUAG